GGAAGAAAUUCGACCAAGAAAGAUGUCGCUUUUCGCUAUUAUUCUGAUUUUGAGUUUGUUUGUUAUUUCCUACGCAGACAUCCAUUUACAAAAUCCAAGGGGUAGUGGGAAUCGUUUGGAUGAAAAUGGGCGAGAAAGAAGAAAUAGGCAGAGACUGUUUAAUUCUCAAGCCAAUGAUAGACAGGGUUACAAUGUAGGAAGCCUGUAUUAUUUACAAGGUUCAACUCUACAAGUAGAAUGGACCAAUCAACAUUCGUGUAACGGCCCAAAUUCCAACUGUGAUAUAAUUCUACAAUAUAUGUGUGACGAUAAAAUAAGAGAUGGCUCACUCCAACGAGAAACUAUACCAGAUAGAAAUACAAAGUGUGAGAAUGACAAUUGUAAUACAGAUAUUAAAUACAGUAUGCAUGAAGACUAUGAUUAUUACACCAACUGUAGACUUCGACAUCGAAAUAUGGGGCUUUUUACUGGCGAUCUGAAUUUUGGUCGAAGGAAUCGGGCUAUAUCCACUAGACUAGAUAUGAAUGGUAGACGGUACGGAUAUGAAUGUAACGAAGAACGAGAGUACUAUCCAUACUGGCACCCCACACCUUGGAAGGAUAUUGCAGUUCUAACAGACCGAACCGAUAAAUGUGAUUAUUAUGCACAGAACAGUGAAAAUGUUAAAGGUCGAGGAUAUUGUAAAAUCUCAGAAACUUUAAUCAAGGAACAAGACGGCAAAAUAGUUAUUCCAAACAAUGAGGAAGACUGCGAGAAAUUCCGAUUCCCAGAAAAUAACCCUGACGGUGAAAAAGGUGAAUGGGUACAGGCCCCCUCCCACGGAAUUGAAGCCCCUGUCUGUCAACAAGCCGAAUACAGUCGCGAUAACCACAAUGGUAACGGAGUCGAUGGGAAAACCAUGCGAUACAACUGGACCAUUCCUGAAUUCCAACAUGAAAAAUGUAUUUUGAGAAUUCGAUACAACGUCACUUCUGAUGAUUUUGAUGGUUGGGAGACAACAUCAGAAAACAACGCAGUUGCCGGUAAAUUUGACGAAGGCGCUCGCGUACCAGUUUACGAAAACCUCGGCUGGGAGAGUCGCUGCGACGCUUUCGACCGCUCUUAUUAUAUGAAGAACUUACCCCAAGUUCAGGUUUUUGAAGGAUUACCAGAUUUAAAGCUGCAAUUAGCCAUAAGAACUAAUCAAUUCGGACGAGUUUUCCAAGAUAGAUCCUUUUCGUUUGCAAUCCGACCACGACCUGCCGAUGUUCCAGCCGCCGCAAAGAUUCACAAUUUGAACGUACGUGGUAAACGUGGAAACAUUGUACAAACGUAUCCGUCUACAGAGUACGAUUUCGUACCAAACGACUUGGUGUUGAACGUCAACGACUACUAUCACGUACAAUGGACGGGAUCCAAUUCUAAUAACAAUGGGAACGCCGGUCAAGGUCAAGCCGGUUCAGAUAGAAGUAAUUUGGUCUUCUUGCAUGAACAAGUGUACCCAGAGGGUAGCGGUUACUCGGGUCCUGGCAUCAAAGUGGGUCAAUAUGGCAUGAACUACCCAAUGAAUGCCACGGAAUUGAACGGAAUUUUUGACAUGCAAACUUUACAAAGUUUAGCCUUCAACAUGCCUAACCAGCUCGGAGGAGAGAUGUCCCUGUUAGACGAUGCUGGAACCUAUUUUGAUUUAGGACCCAUCAAGGCACCUCAGAGUGUCGGAGUUUACCAUUAUAUGUGUACCAGGAACAAUGCUUUUACCAACAGAGACCAGAAAGGCCGAAUCUUUGUUACAGACAAGGACGAGGCUCCUGCAAGGAGAAAUUUAGAACCUGCUGCAUCCGAAGAAGAGAAAAAAGAAAUAAGACAAUUAUUAGAACUUCUUCAAAAUAGAAGUUAGAUCAAAUUCAGCUUUGGUUUAUUAAGCUUUGCAAGUUGAUUUAUUAAGCUUCAAAAGUUGAUUUAUUAAGCUUUACAGACCUAUCCUUUCAAAGCUUUGCGGGUUGAUUUGUUACAGAUUCCCUAACAAUUGUUAUGUUUUUUGUUUUAUGUUUUCACUAUAACCAUUGUCCCAUUCGUCAUAUCUGCAAAUUAAUUUGCUUGUUUUGUUUGUUCUUCUCUGGUUAUUUACAUAAUGACCAAUGUCGUCCUCAACCAAUGACCUUGGGAACUGAGCAUCAAAUUUCCUUCAAAAUGAUUCGUUUCUUAACUUAUAUAGAAAUAAACAGUGAAGUUAUCUUUGUUGAAAUUUU